AUGUCGGAGCGGCGCGCCAACGCCCUGCACGGCGAGCUGGAGGAGAGCCGGACCCUGCUGGAACAGGCCGACCGCGGCCGCCGACAGGCCGAGGCCGAGCUGGGCGACGUGCAGCAGCAGCUGACGGAGGUGUCCAGCAACUACAACAGCGUGUCUGCGCUGCGGCGUAAGCUGGAAGAGGAGGUGGGCUCCCUGCAUGUCGACCUGGACGAGAUGCUGAACGAGGCACGCACCUCCGAGGAGAAGGCCAAGAAGGCCAUGAUCGACGCCGCCAGGAGAACGCCCAGCAGCAGGAGCAGGCCCCGCAAGUCCAUGGAGCUCACCGUCAAGGACCUGCAGAUCCGGCUGGAUGAGGCCGAGGCCAACGCUAUCAAGGUCAGCUCAAGGACACAACGGAUUAUGCUGAACAGCUGCCGGUAG